UAUCUGAACAUUUAAGUUAAAAUUUGCCUCAAGCCCAUUACCGCACCCUAGAUCAUCAUCAUUUUAAGGGUAUAUAAUCCUCCCUUCCGCACUCGAACGGCCUCUGCCAUUUCUAGAGCUCACCGUGCUUCCACAUCCAGUCCCAGGUAUUGCGUUUUCCAAGAUCAAAUCACCAUUCUUCAUUGCUUCGAUUUCAAUAUAUAGCACAAAGUAAGUCUUGUUUCUAACUAUACAGAUAUGAAGCUCAAUUUACGGAUGCGUUUAUUAAUUAACAGACUUGUAGCUCUGUAGGAAAAAAUUGCAAAUCUGAAUUUUUGUUAGUAUUACCAGUUUUAAAAUUAGUUUUUUACCGUUCAUAAUUUUCUCUGCCAAAAAUUUGAUCUUUUUUUAAGUCUCAUUAAUCUGGUUAUUAUAAGAUUGAAAUGAACUUAUGUUCUAAAUUAGAUAAAAAAGAAGAAAACAAUUCGGAGCAUAAAUCCUUUACAGAUAGGCUUAACAAUUUAUACCUACUCCAUAUAGCUAUUUGUGUAUUUACCCAAGAGUAUAUUUCAACUGUGUAGCAUAUCGGCUGUAACAAAUAAAAAUUGAUAUAUGAUAUGUUUUAGUUAUAUAGCAGAUAUAAUAGAUAGUAUAUAAAUCAUAAUGUGUCCAUGUUUGUAUGGGUAUAUAAUAUAAUGAGGUCCCAUGCUGAAAUGACACGAUUAUUUAGACAAUAAUUAUACAAGGUAAUGUAACUAUAUUUUGAGAGGCAUUUUUGAUAGGUAUAUAAUAUAAUGAAGUGAUGGAUGAUAAGUGUUGAUAUUGAUGAUAAAUGUGAUGUUUUAUUUUUAAUAUUGAUUAUUAAAUUGUCAUUUAAGAGUUCUAAUUAUCCCCUAAAAUAGGAAUGAAAACCUUUAGUUGGGAUAUCCAAAGAAAGAAAGGGGAACCUUAAGCUGGGAUGGAGAAAGUAGUAUAUUAAUCAUACUGUGUCUAUGCUUGUAUACAGUUCCGGUUUAAUCCAAGUCGUAAUAAUAAUAAACAUUUGAACCAUGUACAUAUGAUUAUUUAUCAAACUGUAACACGGGAUUCUUUUCUAUUUGUGAUGACAGGGAUCUUAAUCCUAUAUUCAGAAGUAAACAGUCUCUAGUUAUGGCUUAUAAGGCGGUUAAGACAACAAAGCCUGGGCUGGAAGAGCCACAGGAGCAAGAGCACAAAAUCAGAAUCACUCUGUCAUCAAAAAAUGUGAAAAACCUUGAGAAAGUUUGUUCUGACUUGGUUCGUGGGGCCAAGGACAAAAGGCUUAGAGUUAAGGGUCCAGUCAGGAUUCCCACCAAGGUUCUCCUUAUCACCACUAGAAAGUCUCCAUGUGGAGAAGGGACCAACACAUGGGACAGAUUUGAGCUUAGGGUGCACAAGCGUGUCAUUGACCUAUUCAGUUCACCAGAAGUUGUGAAGCAGAUCACCUCAAUUACCAUCGAACCGGGUGUGGAGGUUGAGGUCACAAUUGCUGAUCCUUAGAUCAACUUUGAGUGUUGGGCACUCGUGGCUUGCUAAGCCUUGCAUUUUUUGCUUUGUACUAAUCCUGUGAGUUUAUGGGUCUCUUCUGAAUUUCCCUUCUUGCCUCCAACCUCUGUAGACAUUAUGCAUGAGUUUUGUAUUUUUUAUGAAAUAUGGUGGAACAUCUUUGUCAGGAAAUCUUAAAGGUUCAUGUGAUCUACUGCUUAUUAAUUAAAGUGUUGCUUUCUAGUU